GGGGAGGAGGAAAGAGGACCGUGUCGGUGGGAUGGUCCGGAAAUCCUGUGAUAAAGAGAGGGGCACAGAGGAAAAGUAGGAAGAAGCUCUGGACUCAUUCACUUUCCCCGCCCACCCUACACCGGCAACUUCACCGGCAGCCCUCAGGCACAUGCUCGCUGACCGGAGCCUUUAGGAGCGGGGCGGAAAGGAGAGGAGCCGCUGCCGCAGCCACCUGCCUCCGGUCCGGCACAGCGCAGGCUGCCUUCUAAGGUUUCCUGGUCUCUGUGCAUGUGAGGUGUGAAGGUGGGCAGCACCCCAAAGCCAUCACCAUGGAUUUUGUUAUGAAACAAGCUCUAGGAGGGGCUACCAAAGACAUGGGGAAGAUGCUGGGUGGGGAUGAGGAGAAAGACCCAGAUGCUGCCAAGAAAGAAGAGGAACGACAGGAAGCCCUCAGGCAAGAAGAAGAAGAGAGAAAAGCCAAAUAUGCCAAGAUGGAGGCUGAAAGAGAAGUUAUGAGACAAGGUAUUCGAGACAAGUAUGGGAUAAAGAAGAAGGAAGAAAAAGAAGCAGAGGCCCAGGCCGCACUGGAAGCUGAUGCUGAAGGGACUCUGACACGCCCAAAGAAAGCGAUCCCUCCUGGCUGUGGGGAUGAGGAGGAGGAGGAAGAAGAGAGCAUUCUAGACACAGUCAUCAAAUACCUACCAGGGCCCCUGCAGGACAUGUUCAAGAAGUAAUAGCUGCAGACUGUUAGAUGGGCAUAAACAGUACUGCAAAGGAUUUCUCUUUUGCCCAAUGGGGAUUUACAAUCUUGCCAUCCAUCAUGCAGACCUCCCCACCUCUGCCCUCUACUGCUCACUAGGAGUCCCUUUGCUUCUCAUUCUCUUCUGACUGCCUCUCCCUUCCCUCCACCCCAAGUCUCAUCCAUUCCUUUUUUGUACAUAGUCACAUCCAGUAGAUGCCUCUGAAUGGAUAUAAAGAUUAAAAAGCUGCAGACUACACAACUUUUAUUAUAAGCCAUAGUACUAUGUAUGUUAAAUAAGACAACUGUACAUUAAGCAUAGAAAAGGAACAACCUUAUCUGCAUUUCCAUCCAAAGCAGAAAGGAGUGUUCACUAGGUGUGAAAAGUGGUCUCCUCUAUAAUUUUAUUUUAUUCUCUUUUUAUUAUUAUUGAUAAUAAUUAUUAGUCAUUAUUAUUAAUGUUCUGGUUGAUUGGCUCACAUUAACCAUUUGUUGUUGAGCAUAUCUGCCCUUGGAAGGGCUAUCUCAGUCCUCCCAUGGAAGCAGAGAUUUUCUGUUUUAAUUCCAUCACUGGCAUAAAUAAAUCAUAAUUUGGAAGGUAAAUCACACAUGACUUACACAGCUGACAUCACUCAGAACUGUGGAAGAAGUGAGUCAUCUGCCCUCAGAUGCUGAUGGAAGUUAAAUGCAUCAGAAUCUAAGCAAGAAUCAUGUUACUUUGAGAAUUAGCCAUACACUUAACUUGAAAGAGAAGAUUUGGUCAGAUAGUUGCCAUAUAGAGAGCUGAAACCACAGGACUGGUUUAGGCAGUGUGGUACUUUAGUAGAGGACCUUCCCAACCCCUUUCAAGCCAAUGAGCAAGUACAUAGGCUGCUCUGAUCAACUAAGCUUCCUCCUUCUGCCCAGUGCCAUAUUGAACUGUCCCAUUGUCAGAAGUGCUUACAGGAUGGACAUUUGGUUUCCAAUAUAUUGUUGCGGCUGUGUCUUGCCCAACCAUUCCUGCAGUGUGUGAGAGAGUUUAUGCAAACAUCUCAGUAUGCUCCUGAACAAAAAAUUUUAAAAGAUAUUCAUCAUCUUUUCAGGUAAGCAGAAGAAAGCUGUACCAUGGUUAAGGCAGUGAGCUUGUGAACUCUCAGCCUUUUAGCAGCAUCUCUUAUAAUAGGGAAAAAAUAUUACGAAAGAGAAGAAAUGUAUUUAUUUUGCCCUGCUUACCCAAUUCUUAUUCAGCUAUGAUAGUCCUUGCAUCUUUGCAAAUAACUUCAACCAUGAGUUUCUGCUAAAUCCAAUGUGGAGGCUGAGGAAGUUUAACUGAUCUACAAGCCAGAACCAGCUGAUAAAGGUACAAUUUAUUUCAGAUUGAUUCUACAAACAAGACAUGUUCAUUCAAGUACAAGUUGCCAAGGGCUUCCCAGAGGAAAGAGAGGGCAGGUUUUACUCUUUUGAAUAAUGUCAGUGGGUUUUUGCCCUAACUUUCAUUUAAAGCAAGGUAUGUGUCUCCCUGCCUAAGACUUUAAUGACCCAGAACACUCUCUAUCUCUGAAUCAAUGCUUGGGUUUAGCAUAGGAGUGUUGAGCAAUUUACCAUUUUCUAGGGAGUGUCCUACUCAUCUCAUGCAAAUUCAGCAACUAGUAAUUUGAGCCUAUUUAAGUAAACCUCACAGAACUGAAAACUCUUCUCCUGUCACAAAGGCAGCAACUGUUUUUGAUGCUCUGCCACAGAAGGAACUAAAUCCAACACCUCUGAAAGCUAAUAGGCAGAGGCUGGCUCUUUGCUUCAGCCACUUAUUGGUAGUGAAAUCUUCUAGCCCAGACCACACUGACACACUGACAUCAACACUUUUGAAAUGCUCUAACUAAUCUCUGCGGCCUGUGUCCUCUAAUAUAAAAGUAGAACCAGCGGAAAUGUGCCCCUGCUAAAAGGAAUACAUCCAUUCAUGUUUUCCCCUGGUCUUGUGCUGGAGAACUCUGCAAACAAACAUACAAAAAAAGAGUAUGAGCUCAUUCUGCUUUGGCUUUUCUCUACUACUUGCUUGUUGGCCUUUCCCUAGGCCCCAUCACUGACUCAUUUCUUCAUCCAACCAAAUACUGUUCCUGAUACAGCAUCAGAAUUUUCUGCCUGGUAUCCUUGCAGAAUGAUACUGGCAGUUGUUUGUUUUCACAGUCUCCCAGGCAGCUUGAUGUACCUGUAUGUGAAUGUAUGUGUGAAAGAUGAAGAAAAGGGAGAAGAAAGGAAGAAACAAGAGAAAGGAAGAGUGUUUGGUACUAUUUUUUCUAACUGUGCCUCAGAAGCUGUGCCAUUGAAUGACUGGUCUAAGUCAGGACCUUGUGUGGCCUGUGCUCACAUUUCAUAAGCAUGUAGUGCUAUCUCUGGGAUCAGAGCAUUAAAAUUACUGCUUUUAUGGGCUGAGCUCCUGAGCUGUAUGAACAUCUGGAUACAAACCCAGAAGAGGGCCAUAAGAACUCUGUGCUGAGUUUGUUAGGCCUCAUGCCAGGCUCACAGAGCAGGAGGAAAAAGGAAAGUAGUUUAUUAAACAAUAUUUGCCAAGUCUUUUUCAUUGUGGGACCUUAUCAGCCAUCCAUGUCAUCCCUUCUGUACCUCAGCUCUCUACACCUGCAUCAGCCCUUCCUUCAUGGACAGCAGAGAGUUCAGCCAGGUGUGAGCUGGUAGGUACCAUUUUAAUUUUUCUUUCAAUAAAGAAACAUGACAGAAGAUCUACCACAGGUACUGGACAGGUUUUGCUUGGGUUUGCCUCACAUAACCGUUGGUAACUUGCAUGAGUUCUGGACCUGUCCUCAAAUCAGUCCACUGUUCCUGAAGUGCUUAAGCCAUGCUGAACAGACUCGAGAGUAGGCACUCUCCCCUCCCUUCUGCCUAUCCAUUUCUCUUCCCACUCUGAACUGGCAACAUGGGACACAGACACCUUUGGCUCAUGUACAGAUGCGAGAAGCAUUGCCUCAGACACUUUCCCUCUCAGCACUCUAGCAGGUGUUGAAGCACUUAAACAAGACCAAAGAGAAGCAUGGUUCAUUGUUUGGAUUCUGAAUAUCUCUUUGUCUUCCCAUGACAUUGUUUUAUUUGUGUCACUGGUCUGUUCAAUCUCAGGUAAAUGAGGUAUUUUGGGUUUUUUAACUAGUUUUUAUUUACACAAAAAGGUUGGUGGCUAGACACUGCAGCCAUUUUCCUUCACAGCUCCAAGAACUUACUGACUAGUAAAGAAAAAGUCAAAGGACCUCCACAUUUGGAGGGUAAAUGAUUUAGUUUGCCAUUGACCUUGUGUACUCAUAUUUAUAUUUAGAGAAAGCCAUAUGAAAUCAGACUGCAAUAUUAAUUAUGAAUGCUACUCUUGUAUUUAAAAUAAAUUAAAUACAAAUUCAUGUGCUAAAUCACUUUGGAGUUCCUCUGUCCAUGUUUCUAGUACCAUAUGUUGGCUUAGGUCCCUCCCAGCCCCUCUCCUUCAUCAAGAAAGUCCAUACCAAUGCUUCCGAAUACAUCUUUUUGGCAAGCUUACUGUGCUUGAAUAAGCAUUGUUAGAAAUUAGUCUUAGUUAGAAAUCAGCGUGAUGUCUUAUGUAUCUGAAAGUUGUCUGUAUCUGUUCUGAAUAUGUUAUUGAGAUAACUGUUUCUUCAUGCACUGAAUUAGUAAAUUGUUUCAGUAAUGUCAUUAAAAAAUUACUUGUUUUCUCUCCUUCUCUCUCACACACACAGAACAAAUUCAACAUAGCCAUGCAUUUUCUAGUAGAAAUGCUCCCCAGCUUUCUUUCAGAUGCAUGCAGUACUCUCCAAGCAACUAGAAGAUGACUUAGAGACUUUGUGAAUAUGAAUUUCAUUUGUUAUUUGCCUGCUACUUUUUCCUGCAUGAUGUGGGUAAAUGGUAUGAUGUUCUUUUAAAAUGGAAUCACAGCCAAUAAAAAAACUCAGUGAUUUCAUACA